ACCGGCUCGUCCACGGACGGCCCAUCAGGAUAAACACAGAGUCUCUGUCUCUGUUGUUGACGUUGUGUUCGUCUGAAUUUGGCGUGUAAACAUUGCGCGGACACGGCAGCUGCGGGUCACACUCGUUAAUUUAACGCGUGUUUUAUUGAAUCCACGUCGUCUGCGGGGAGACAAACUCAUGGUUGUGACAACAUGGACAGCGGCCUGAGUCCCCAGGAUAAAAAAGACUUGGACAAGUUCAUUAAGUUCUUCGCCUUGAAGACCGUCCAGGUGAUCGUCCAAGCUCGCCUCGGAGAGAAGAUCUGCACUCGCUCGUCCUCGUCGCCCACUGGCUCCGAUUGGUUUAAUUUGGCCAUCAAAGACAUCCCAGAGGUGACCCAUGAAGCCAAGAAAGCACUCGCCGGACAACUUCCAGGCAUCGGACGCUCCAUGUGUGUCGAGAUCUCCCUGAAGACAUCAGAGGGUGACUCGAUGGAGUUGGAGACCUGGUGCCUGGAGAUGAAUGAAAAGUGCGAUAAGGACAUCAAGGUGUCGUACACGGUCUACAACCGCCUGUCUGUCCUUCUGAAGUCUCUGCUGGCCAUCACCAGAGUAACGCCGGCCUAUAAACUUUCCAGAAAGCAGGGACACGACUACGUCAUAUUGUACAGGAUUUACUUCGGGGAAGUCCAGCUGAGCGGAUUAGGAGAAGGUUUUCAGACGGUGCGCGUCGGCGUCGUCGGCACCCCCGUCGGCACGGUCACACUUUCCUGUGCUUACCGCACCAACCUGGCGUUCAUGUCCAACAGACAGUUUGAGCGGUCGGCUCCCAUCAUGGGGAUCAUUGUGGAUCACUUUGUGGAUCCUCCCUGCAUCAGCCAGCGUCCCGCAACCAUGGGCCAGCCCUGCAACUACAGAGCUCCGGAUGAGGACGACGGAGGCCCGUACGCCGGCGUUCAGGACUCACAGGAGGUCUGCACCACCUCCUUCUCCACCUCCCCUCCCUCUCAGUGUGUGUGCACACUGAGUCCUUCGCCCUCUAAACUGUCUAAGCCCGUCCCCAUGGACAGUCUGCAGCUUCCUGUGGCUCCCGGACUUGUCACUCACACUCUGUACACUUCCAGGUUGGCGUACCAGCCUCCGGCUCUGGCAGGAGCUGCCGAGCUGUGUCACCCCGCUGCCAAUCCAAACCAGAUGCAUGCUGGGAAGGAAGGCGGAGUUGUGUUGGUUCCCGCCCAGCCCGCUCACGGCGCCGACGCCCAUCUGACAGCAGAGCACGCCCCCAACACGCCGGGCAGCAGCGGUGACGACGACGGCCUGUCACAAAGCGGAGAAGGACGGAGGGAUGAAGGGAGGAGGAGCGCUUCUCCCUCCGACCCCAUCGAGUCUCUGAACGCUUUCACGAGGAAGAUCGGAGCCUUUGUGAAUAAACCCAACACACAGAUAACAGCAGCCAGUCUGGACCUGCCGUUCGCUGCUUUUGCUCCUCGAGGCCUCGACUCUGAAGAGAACGAUCCCAUGGUACAGCCUCCAGACUCUCCUCCCUGCCCGUCCCCCCUGCAGGCCAGCCUCCACUCUCAGGGCUCGGAGAGCUCGGGGCCCCAGGAUGACUUUGUCAUGGUCGACUUUCGUCCGGCCUUCUCUAAAGACGACUUGCUGCCGAUGGAUCUGGGCACUUUCUACAGAGAGUUUCAAAACCCUCCUCAGCUCGCCAGCCUGUCGCUACACAUCAGCUCCCAGUCGAUGGCCGACGACCUGGACUCGCUGCCGGAGAAACUGGCCGUCUACGAGAAAAACAUCGACGAGUUUGACGCGUUUGUGGACAUGCUCCAAUAGAGGAGAAAGACUACGUGUGAGGAAAAGGCAAAGUGGAUGAUGGGGGGGG